AUGGAUGAACCAUUACUAAAUGAAGAAGAAAAACUAACACGAGACGAUAAUGAGAUUGAAGUAAGUGAGUCGAUUGAUCAUUUUAUUUCAGAUAAUGAUAUUGAAAUUUUUCGAAAAGAAGAAGCAGAAAGAAAAGUUACUCUUUUAAAGCUCUUUAAAUUUGUUGGAUGGGUUUUAUUAGAAAAAUGGUAUUGUAUAUUAUUUGUUUUAUGCUUUAUUGCAUUUUCAUUAGUUGUUUAUUUUACUGAUUGGAAAAUGGCUGAAAUUGGAGAUGUUACUUAUAAAACAAUUAUUUGUUUGAUACUUAUUGGAAUAAUGAUUACGUUAAUUCUAUCUAAUUUAUAUCAUCCAGGAGUUAUUAUGAUGGCAGUAGUUGGUCUUUUAAUUGCUUGUAGAGUGAUAACUUCUGCACAAGGUUUUCAAGGAUUUAGUAAUCAGUCAGUAAUAACAAUUAUUGUUUCAUAUAUUCUUUCAACAGCAAUAAUUAAAAAUAGAAGUUUAGAAUUUUUAACUAGAAAUAUAUUUCCAGAAACAUAUGAAAAACAUGUUUGGCCAUCAUUAUUAUUUAUGGUUCUCAUUACUUUUUUGUUAUCUGUUGUAAUAGAUAAUAUACCAGUCGUUUUAUUAUCAAUGUCUAUAGUUCAUACUUGGACAAAAACAUCUGGAAUUCCUCCUAGUAAAGUUUUGUUACCAAUUUCUUUUGCUGCUAUUCUUGGUGGAAUGAAUUCAAUACUUGGAAAUUCAUCAUUUCAUCGAGCAAGAACGUUAUUAAUUACGAAAGUAUUAGAACUUAACAAAAAAGGUAUUCAUUUAAAUAUUACAAUGCCAUAUUUUGAAAUCGCUAUUAUUUCAUCAAUCAUUUCUAUUCCAGCACUUAUUUACAUUAUUUUAGCUAAUGGGAUUCUUAGUCGUCAUAAAGAAGAAUCGUUUCAUAAAACAAACAAAUCAUAUAUAUUCACUUUCCGUAUAGAAGAAAAGUCUCGAUUUAUUGGACUUCAAUUGGGAGAAACUGUAUUAAAUAAACCUCCUAAUGGUAAAUUGUGUUAUAUUAAACGUGGAGAAAAUUAUAUUGAUAUUAAAGAUGACACAAUUAUAAAAAAGAAUGAUAUACUCUGUUAUAUUGCUCCGUCAUCAAUAUUAAAAGAUGUGUUAACAUAUAACGGAGUUGUCCCUUCUGAUCCAACUAUUCAUGAAUUAGUUGGAGCUACUGUUUAUGAAAUUGCCUUAAAUCCUCAAGACACAUUAAUUGGACAAGAUAUUAAAUUGAUUAAUGAACGUGGUGUUGGAUUAUUAGGAGUCUCAAUAGAUGAGAAUAAAUGGAAAGAACAAUUGAACCAAAUCAAUAUCCUUUCUUCUGAAAGAACAUACAUUGUUAUUUCGCCACAAAACCAAGAAUUAAAAGGAAAUGAUUUUCACUUGGUUACCCAAAUAGAUGUUGAUUUGCCACAACCAACAAAUAUUAUUAAAACCAUUAUUCCAAUAUUUUGUCUUCUUAUUCCAUGUAUUUUAGAAUCAACAAAAGUUUGCUCAUUAUUUGUUUCUGGAUUUGCUUCAGUUUUGGUUCUUAUUAUCACUCAAUGUAUGACUGUCUCAGAAAUUUAUCAAUCUAUUAAUGUUCAAGUGGUUUGUGUUAUUGCAGCAUCAUAUGGAAUUACUUCAGCAAUUCAAACAACACACAUUGGUACAUUGUUGACAUUGUCUUGUUCUCAGUGGUUUAUCUCACUAGGAAAAUAUGGAAUUUUAAUGGGAAUUUUUUUACCUACCAUUUUACUUGCACAACCAUUUGCUAAUACAGUUAUUGUUGAUAUAAUGUUUCCGAUGGUGUGGCAUCUUUAUUAUGGCGAUUCUGAUAGUGCAGAACAUGGCUCAUUAAUUGGAAUUAAAUCAGCAAUGUACACAAUGAUGAUAGCAUCCUCAUCUUCAUUUUUAUUAACAAUUGGAUACCCCACUCAUAUGAUUAUUAAUCAAAAAGCACAUUACACAUUAAAAGAAGUAUUUCUUUUUGGACUUCCAAUAUUUCUAUGGGUAUUUAUCUGUGGUGCUUUACUUCCUUAUUUGUUUUUUGAAGUGUUAUAA